AUGACAAAACAUUCCCUAGCUUCCAAUCGCUCUACAACCUUGUCAGAUGCUUUGAAUAUUUCGGGAAUUUCAGAGCAUGCGUUUGGAGAGGACAGGAAGAACCCGCUGAAACGACCUCAAUCAGCGCUCUCCACAGGAAGGUCAAAAAGGGCGUGCGAUAAUUUAGAAGAUGACAUGUUGUCUAUAAAGUCGCUCCAUAGCCCAGCGAGACCUGGAUCUGCACUUCCUCAAAAAUCAUCCCGAACCCCCGCAGAAAAAGAUCUCUUACACGUUACGAAUAGAAUUGAUACUGAUUUGCUCAGCGAGCCGAUUAGUUCGAGGUCAUCUCAUAGAAGUAUUCAUUCGUCCAUGUCAGUUCGUCAUGAAAACGACGAACCAAAAUCAUACAUUUAUACAAUUGCUAAAAAAGCUCCCAUAGUGGAGCGACCUGGAUCUGCACCCUUAUUUAAAAAAGGAAGAGGUGAUCUUCGUUCUAAAACACCGUCAGAACAUUAUAAUGAAAGCUUUAACUCGAUGGUUAAAAAAGAUGAGUCAAAUCAAGCAAUAAGCAACCCUUGGCACCAAAUGCUAUCAGCAGAAAACAAUCGACCACUGAUUCAAACAGUGCUUCAUAACUAUGCUAGCUCAAGGCCCUCAUCAUCGGCAAGUCAUACAAGCGAAAAACAAAAAACAGAUUUCAUUAAGAAAAAUAUGGAUGCAAUUCAUGAAAUUGCAUUAACUAAGAGUCCAAAAAACAAUAUCACAUCGAGACCUCGCUCCUUUAUUCUAGAUCACUCGAAUGGAGGAGAAUCAUCCUACUAUGACAAUCCCUCCAUUCCUUUUGAACAUGAGGAACUUCGAAAGUCACACUCUUCACUACUCCGAAAAUAUUCUAAGCGGCAAGGAUUACCUAGGAAUGUAAACUCUAGAACUGUUUUCAAUCCAAACAGUAGUUCCUCGAAUGAAAUGUCCUUUAAAAAUCGUCCACAAUCAGCCAUGUCACAAAUUCGAUAUACCACUACUCCCCGCCAUGUGGAGGUAGUAACAGAGGCCACUGGCUUAAUGCGACCUAGAUCCGCUUUGAACACAAAAUACUCUAAAAAACAAAAGGCUAAACUUUCGGCAAGACCUACCACAGAAGAACCUUUCAAGAAGGCAGCUUUCCUAAAUGUUCAGGGGUUUAGCAUUAAUUCAACAAAAAUUGUACAUGAAGGUCAUUAUGAAGAACAAAGAAAAUUGCAAAGAGGAGCUCCAAAGCCAACACCACCUGAUCAUUGUGUCGUGUUGGCAAAACAUAACUCUAGGUUUUCCAUUGAGCAUUAA